AUGAAGAUGCUUCACACAUUUUCUCUGCGGAUCAAUCAUGAGCCACUGGCACUUAUCAACCCUGAGAAUUCUGAUGUUAAUGACGAUACGGAUGUUGAUAGAAUUAGAGCUGAACCUGGUUUCUCCGCUUUUGUUCUAAUAUCACUCUUAGCAUCUCUGCCAGAAACAUGCACCAAUCUCGAAAUUGACACCUCAGGUUUUGAAGUUUACAGUAGUGGCGAUCACUUAUGUCCGCAUAUAGCAAAGCUGCUGCCAAACCUCACCCACCUGCGCUUACGCAUCCGCCAAUUGUGUUCUGGGCUCAUAAACCUGUCAUCCCAAAGCUCCUGUCCCCAAUAUCCAGGAGUGUUGCAGCCCGCUCUAUGCCCAAAACUUCGCUCAUUGAUUAUUAAUAUGGAGCUCUCCAGCGUUCUCCAAGGGGGAAUGUCACGCUGUCCCCUUCCACCAGCGCCAUCCCCAUCACGUUCAACUGGAAAGGAAAUCCACACUGAAACGGACCUGCAAACAGAUCUCUCCCUCCAGUUACUUGUCUGUCUCAAGAGAAAAAAUUACUUCCCGGUCUGUGAGAGGAUGGAAAUCAACAACCCUAUCUACUUGGGUGUCCCGCCGUGGCACCACAUUCGCCAAACAGACAUCAAGAAUUGUAAGACGAACAUUUCAUCGUUCAUCCCGCUCCCUAGCUACAUUGAAGGUGUCUGGAAACGUGGAACACACCGCUGCUUUCCGCCCGCAUUAGGAACGGCAAGGGCAAAAACAGGAGCAGCAGAUAGCAUAAUUAUAUCACCAUGGUCCUCCCAUACCCGCGAACACACGGAUAAUGCUUGGUUGUCUACAUCUGAGGGAGCAAGUUUUCCCAACACUACAGAUCACCACAUGCUCUCCGUGUUCGAUGCGAACGACUACCACAUGCUCCGCGUGGAUGACGAGGAUCGGAAGAAGUAUCCCUACCACUGCUCGCUUGCAGCGUAUACCAAGGAGAUGACAUCGCGGUGGAAAAAUGAGACCAGGAGAACGGCAGAGUCUCAUCCUAUAUACCGGGAACUCUGUGAAGUGGAUGUAUCGGAUCUCAUGGCGCAGACAUAUCACACUCUUCGUCUAAUUCCGUGUGAACGGUUUACGUUUCCGGAGCCAUUGCCAGAACAGUGGUAUAAUGAGAGGACGCGGUUCUCGCUUGGAUAUUAG